UGCAGCCAGGAAGGAUCCCACACCACCCACGAAGGCCAAGAUGUUUCCCACACGAGCCCUGCUCGCCCGCUCCGUCUGGAAAGGCCCGAACAUCGUCCCCCUCCCCCUCCCGCGCAAACUCCCCGCUCCCCCCGGCACGCCCCCGAUCCGGACGCAGAAGCGCAGCGCAACCAUCCUGCCGAACUUCGUCGGGCUGAAGUUCUCGAUUCAUAAUGGCAAGACUUAUCAUGAUCUGCUGAUUACUGAGGAGAUGGUUGGUCGGAAGUUGGGGGAGUUUGUUCCGACCCGCAAGCGUUUCACCUAUAAGAUGUCGAAGAACAAAUAGAUCUGUUCUUGUUUGGGUUGGUUGGUGCUGGUGGUAUAUCUUACGCUCUAUGCUCUACACUUUGUGAAGUAAGGAGGAGGUACCCAGGACCAGCUGUUUGCAUUUCUGUUAUGUUGGCGUUGCGUCUUUACACAUGAUGUUUCUUUUAUGGCUUGAUAGCUUGGAUCCUGGGGUUCCCGGUCUGAGGUUGACUUUCUCGGUAAAAGAGAUUAAAGGGAGUGGGCUGUGUAUAUUAUGUAUUAUCUAUCUAUCCAUC